AUGAUCUCGAUGCGUAUCUUCUCGAAUUUGGCACUGGCGUGUCGCCAACGUAACAAGGGAACCGAUUUCUUUGCUAAGCUUUUGAAAGAUUUGCUACAAUGUUCUCAGCUGAAAAACAAGUCCAGCUUAAUGUUUAGAAGGGCAAACUUCGCUCAAACUGGAGUUGGAGCAGCUCAGACUGGAGCAGCUCAGACUGGAGUUGGAGCAGCUCAGACUGGAGUUGGAGCAGCGCAGACUGGAGCAGCUCAGACUGGAGUUGGAGCAGCUCAGACUGGAGUUGGAGCAGCGCAGACUGGAGCAGCUCAGACUGGAGUUGGAGCAGCUCAGACUGGAGUUGGAGCAGCUCAGACUGGAGUUGGAGCAGCGCAGACUGGAGCAGCUCAGACUGGAGUUGGAGCAGCUCAGACUGGAGUUGGAGCAGCGCAGACUGGAGCAGCUCAGACUGGAGUUGGAGCAGCUCAGACUGGAGUUGGAGCAGCUCAGACUGGAGCAGCUCAGACUGGAGUUGGAGCAGCUCAGACUGGAGUUGGAGCAGCUCAGACUGGAGUUGGAGCAGCUCAGACUCGAGCAGCUCAGACUGGAGUUGGAGCAGCUCAGACUGGAGCAGCUCAGACUGGAGUUGGAGCAGCGCAGACUGGAGCAGCUCAGACUGGAGUUGGAGCAGCUCAGACUGGAGUUGGAGCAGCUCAGACUGGAGCAGCUCAGACUGGAGUUGGAGCAGCGCAGACUGGAGCAGCUCAGACUGGAACUGGAGCAGCUCAGACUGGAGUUGGAGCAGCUCAGACUGGAGUUGGAGCAGCGCAGACUGGAGCAGCUCAGACUGGAGUUGGAGCAGCGCAGACUGGAGCAGCUCAGACUGGAGUUGGAGCAGCUCAGACUGGAGUUGGAGCAGCGCAGACUGGAGCAGCUCAGACUGGAGUUGGAGCAGCUCAGACUGGAGUUGGAGCAGCUCAGACUGGAGUUGGAGCAGCGCAGACUGGAGCAGCUCAGACUGGAGUUGGAGCAGCUCAGACUGGAGUUAGAGCAGCGCAGACUGGAGCAGCUCAGACUGGAGUUGGAGCAGCUCAGACUGGAGUUGGAGCAGCGCAGACUGGAGCAGCUCAGACUGGAGUUGGAGCAGCUCAGACUGGAGUUGGAGCAGCUCAGACUGGAGCAGCUCAGACUGGAGUUGGAGCAGCUCAGACUGGAGUUGGAGCAGCUCAGACUGGAGCAGCUCAGACUGGAGUUGGAGCAGCUCAGACUGGAGUUGGAGCAGCUCAGACUGGAGCAGCUCAGACUGGAGUUGGAGCAGCUCAGACUGGAGCAGCUCAGACUGGAGUUGGAGCAGCUCAGACUGGAGCAGCUCAGACUGGAGUUGGAGCAGCUCAGACUGGAGUUGGAGCAGCUCAGACUGGAGCAGCUCAGACUGGAGUUGGAGCAGCUCAGACUGGAGCAGCUCAGACUGGAGUUGGAGCAGCUCAGACUGGAGUUGGAGCAGCGCAGACUGGAGCAGCUCAGACUGGAGUUGGAGCAGCUCAGACUGGAGUUGGAGCAGCUCAGACUGGAGCAGCUCAGACUGGAGUUGGAGCAGCGCAGACUGGAGCAGCUCAGACUGGAGUUGGAGCAGCGCAGACGAGAGCAGCU